GUUGAGAAGGAAGAUAAAUCUGUAACAGACUCUGCGUGAAAACCAACCUUGAUCUUAAAUUAAGUUUGAUAUUUCUAAUCCACUCAAUGUAAAUCUGCUGUCAGAUGAGUCACCCUAGAUGUUCUGAAUCAACCCAUUUAGAAUCUUCAAAAAAUGAUUAAUCAUUUUUUCAUCCUUUUGCUUUACCUUUUAAAAUGCAGCUCAGAAAAUGUAGAUGCAGCUGCUCAGAAUCAUCUGAAGAUUGUUCAAGCUGGAGACAAAGUUACCUUCACCUGUUUUUAUCCAAAAGAGUUAAGAACCACUGUUGUUUGGGUCAAACAAAAAGCUGGAGAGAAACCCCUUUCAAUUGCUUCAUCAUAUCAAGCUUUAGCUGUCGUGUUUGAAAAUGGCUUUGACAAACAUAAUCGCUUUUCUGUAGCAAAAGAUGAUAGCAGUUUUAAUCUGAGCAUUACCAAUGCAAAAGAAUCAGACACUGCAACAUACUAUUGUGCUAAAUUUAUAUAUCAGUUCAUAUUUGAGGAAGCUACUGAUCUCAUUGUUAAAGACAGAGAACUGAACAUGCAGUCUGAACAUAAGACACCUAUCACAGAUCCAGUGCAUCCAGAAGACUCUGCAGUGGCGCUGCAGUGCACUGUCCUCACUCAGAGCUGUGCAGGAGAACACAAUGUCUACUGGUUCAGACGUGAAUCUGGAGAAUCUCCUCCAGGAAUUAUAUUCACUCAGGAGCGCAGGAACGCUCAAUGUGAGAGGAGAUCUGAUGUGAACUCUACUGCACACAAAUGUAUCUACAGCCUGCCCAAGAGGAAUCUCAGUCUCUCUGAUGCUGGGAUUUACUACUGCGCUGUGGCCGCAUGUGGAGAGAUACUGUUUGGAGAUGCAAGAAAACCGGACAUGCCAGGUUUUCAGGAACCUUGGAGUAUAAUUGCCCUGAUUUUAGGAACUUUAAACUGUUUAUCAGUGAUUGUGAUCAUAUUUCUGUGCACACAGCUGUACACGCAGCUACAAAAAGAUAAGACUCAGAAUAUUCAGAUUGGUCAUUUAAUGGAUGAAGAAAGAGAAGCACUGAAUUAUGCUGCUUUGAGCUUUCAACAGAAGUCCAGCGCCAGAAGACCCAGAGAAAAGCAUACAAGAUAAUUGAAUAUUUGCACAUGAGAAAUCUAUGCAUUUUACUAGAAAUAAAUUCUCUGUUGUUUACAAAAAGUGCUUUAAUUGAUAAUGAUUACUCAAGUGCUAUUAGAUUACUACAGUGGUAAAAUUAUGUUUUUAAUACUUAAAAAUUUCACAUUCAAAAGCAUUUUACUUGCUGUUUCUAUUACCUAAUUAUAAAAAUUUACUACAAAUUUCUGAGAGAUAAAUUGUUUCUGAAAA